CCAUCACACAGGCCCCAAUCAAACCCUGCUUGAAUCCUCCACCAAACCUUAAGGUGACUCAGAAGGCAAACAUUCAAAGAGUGAAGAUACAAACCCAGAGUGUUCUAAAUAGUCCAGAGAUACUAGCAACCCAUAUUACCUUAAAAAGGUCAUUCCGUCGGUUUAACUGGAUUUUGACCGCUUUUUAAUCAAACCGGUUUAUCUGGUUCGGCCACCAUAACGGUGUGUGAAACUACGAAAAUAACCCUCAAUAUAUAACUAGGCAAAGUCUCAAACACUUGGAUGCAACCUACAAUCUGCCUCCACCGUCGCGCUGUUUCCUUCUUCGCCUGGUUGUAGCGCCACCGUCUUCCGCCGCCUCCGUUCUAACAACACUUGUGCAAAUUCACUGAAAUAAGCUGCUCUUUUCGAAUAGGCGGCAUCAAAUGCCUUCUGUGGCUCCCGGAAAUCACAAUCACCCUACUGCUGCUACUGCCAAUGGCAAGUUCUCCAAUGCAAAUCGGAAUCGCCAAACCCAGCUCACUCCCGGGAGACAAAAGCUUGCACAACAGAGGAAGUCUCUUCCCAUUGCUUCAGUUGAGAAGAGGCUUGUUGAAGAGGUUCGAAAGCAUGAUAUUUUGAUUAUUGUCGGCGAAACUGGAAGUGGGAAAACCACACAGAUUCCGCAGUUUCUAUUUGAUGCUGGACUUUGCCAUGAUGGGAAAGUUAUUGGGAUAACUCAACCCAGACGUGUGGCUGCUGUUACUGUGGCCAAACGUGUUGCCGAGGAAUGUGGUGUUGAGCUGGGCCAUAAGGUUGGGUAUUCUGUUAGAUUUGACGAUGCUACUUCCAGCUCGACAAGGAUCAAAUAUAUGACAGAUGGCUUGCUUCUGAGAGAAGCAUUGCUGGAUCCGUAUCUUUCUAAGUAUUCUGUCAUAAUCGUCGAUGAAGCUCAUGAGAGAACUGUCCAUACUGAUGUGUUGUUGGGCUUGUUGAAAAAUGUACAACUUACUCGGUCAAGGUCUAUCAGUGAUGGUCAGGGCCUUAAUUUUGGGAACAAACAUGUAAAUAAUGUCUUGUUGUCAGACAAAGAGAAUGGUCAGAGUAGCAGUUCUCUUAGAAAGGACCACCACAAGAAGAUUUCUCCACUGAAGUUAAUCAUCAUGUCUGCAAGUCUGGAUGCUCGUGCUUUCUGUGAGUACUUUGGUGGUGCCAAAGCUGUUCACAUUGAAGGGAGACAGUUUCCUGUGGAUAUAUUUUAUACUCGUCGUGCAGAGACUGAUUAUUUAGAUGCUGCCUUGAUAACUAUAUUCCAGAUCCAUUUAGCGGAGGGUCCUGGUGAUAUAUUAGUAUUUCUUACUGGGCAAGAGGAGAUUGAAUCUGUUGAAGGACAGAUCAAGGAGAAACUCACACAAUUACCUCAAGAAAGUCAAAAGCUUCUAGUUGCGCCUAUAUUUGCAGCUCUUCCAUCUGAGCAGCAACUGCGAGUCUUUGCACCACCUCCAUCUGGGUGUCGCAAGGUGAUAUUGGCGACUAAUAUUGCUGAGACAUCAGUAACAAUUCCUGGAAUCAAAUAUGUAAUUGAUCCAGGAUUAGUUAAAGCACGUUCCUAUGACCCUGGAAAAGGUAUGGAAUCCUUGAUUAUAGUUCCUACGUCCAAGUCUCAAGCUAUGCAAAGAAGUGGGCGUGCAGGGCGUGAAGGACCUGGAAAAUGCUUCCGUCUAUAUCCAGAAAUUGAAUUCGAGAAACUUGAGGAUUCAACAAUGCCAGAGAUUAAGCGCUGCAACCUUUCUAAUGUCAUUUUGCAGCUUAAGGCUUUGGGCGUUGAUGACAUAUUAGGGUUUGAUUUCAUUGAGAAACCUUCAAGGGCAGCUAUUAUAAAAUCAUUGGAGCAGCUAUUUUUAUUAGGUGCUCUAACAGAUGAGUGCCAUCUAUCUGAUCCAGUUGGGCGUCAAAUGGCUCGACUGCCUUUGGAUCCUGUUUAUGCCAAAGCUCUUAUUUUAGCUAGUCAGUUUAACUGCUUGGAAGAGAUGUUGAUAACUGUUGCAAUGCUUUCUGUGGAAUCCAUAUUCUAUGCUCCUCGUGACAAGUUAGAAGAGUCGAGAAUUGCAACGAAAUGCUUCUCAAGUCCAGAGGGAGACCACAUCACUUUGAUUAAUGUGUAUCGAGCAUCUAAUGAUUUCUUGGAGAAGAGAUCAAUGGAAAUGAGUAAACCAAAAAGUGAAAAGGUUUUGAGAAAAUGGUGCAAGGAAAAUUUUAUUAAUAGCCGUUCUCUUAGACAUGCUUGUGACAUUCACAGGCAGAUUAAGGGACAUGUUCAACAGAUGGGUCUGAAUCUUGCUUCCUGUGGAGAUGAUAUGCUUCAAUUCCGCAGAUGCCUUGUUGCUUCCUUUUUCCUCAAUGCAGCUAUAAAGCAGCCUGAUGGAACCUACAGGGCUUUGGCCAGUGGUCAGGUGGUGCAGAUCCACCCUUCUUCUGUAUUAUUUCGGCAAAAACCAGAGUGUGUAAUAUUUAACGAACUUCUCCAAACUAAUAACAAGUAUGUCCGGAAUUUAACUAGAGUUGACUACCUAUGGUUAACUGAACUUGCUCCUCAGUACUAUGCCAUGCAGAACUAAAUCCGUGAUGGUGCUACUAAAUAGGCUACGACGAAUCACUUGUAGUUAACAACACUCAAAGAAAAAUGAUGGGAGAAAGGGGAUGCAGACCCACAUGUAUUGUCAUUUAUUGUCAAUUACAUUGAUGCUUAUCUAUUUUUACGUGGUAUCAGGCCUGAGUUGUUGACGAAAAUCUAGCUUGUAAAUAAGAAGUUUCUCAUUCUUAAUUUCUUAUACUUAAUUGAGAGUACUCAUUCAGUAUCUUAUUAUUCUGUUAUUUACUGACUGGAAGAAUGAAAAUAUACCUUUAUGCUCUGUCUCA